GUUGCCUGGUGACGCUGAAGCCGUGCUCGGGGUUUCCUGUGCUCCGUGUCACCCCAAACAAGUUUGAAACAGACAAAUCACCGUCGAUUUUUUUUAACUUCUGCGGAAGGGUUUAACGCCGCUCGCUAUGUGAUACAGAGAGCGUCUUUGGACGGAGCAUCAUGGACGGUUACCUAUUCGUCAGAGUUGUGGGGAAGGGGAGCUAUGGGGAGGUGAAUCUGGUCAGACACAAAUCAGACCGUAAACAGUACGUGAUCAAGAAGCUGAACCUGAGAACGUCCUCCAGACGUGAACGGCGAGCCGCGGAGCAGGAAGCGCAGCUCCUCUCGCAGCUCAAGCAUCCCAACAUCGUCACGUACCGGGAAUCAUGGGAAGGGGAGGACUGUCAGCUUUACAUCGUGAUGGGAUUCUGCGAGGGAGGAGAUCUGUACCACAGACUCAAACAGCAGAAGGGAGAACUGCUUCCUGAGAGACAAGUUGUAGAGUGGUUUGUUCAAAUAGCCAUGGCCCUCCAGUAUUUACAUGAGAAGCACAUCCUGCAUCGAGAUCUGAAAACGCAGAAUAUCUUCUUGACCAAGACCAAUAUAAUCAAAGUGGGUGAUCUGGGCAUCGCGAGGGUCCUGGAGAGUCAGAACGACAUGGCCAGCACUCUGAUCGGCACACCGUACUACAUGAGUCCAGAACUGUUCUCCAACAAACCUUACAACUACAAGUCAGACGUGUGGGCUCUGGGAUGCUGCGUGUAUGAAAUGUCGACUCUAAAACACGCUUUCAACGCAAAAGACAUGAACUCUCUCGUGUAUCGUAUCGUAGAAGGGAAGUUGCCCCAAAUGCCAAGCAAGUACGACCCCCAGUUGGGAGAACUGAUCAAACGGAUGCUGUGUAAGAAACCAGAGGACCGACCAGAUGUCAAGCACAUCCUCCGUCAGCCGUACAUCAAACAGCAGAUCUCCAUGUUCCUGGAGGCCACAAAAGAAAAAACUGCCAAAUCACGGAAAAAUGCGGCAAACGGCAAACCGAACAGUCCUGGAUCAGAUGCUUCAGUCAAACCAAAUAAUGACGUUCAGCAACAAAACUUUGAAUCAAAGGCCAGAGUAAGAAAGGUUGAGGAAAACCGCUUGAACCGACAAAAACCCUGUAACGGUGCAGUAGAAAAAGUGCCUUCUAACCCACACUUACCCCCUAAAUCUCCAAGCAGAGAUGUACUUAACUCAACAGGUCCAUCUACAGCAACCAUUAGCAAUAUAGACAUUGAAAUCCAAUCCCAGGAGCAAAAACAUAGAAAAGCCAAACCGCCUAGCAGCCAUCAGAACCACAAGCCGCCAUCUGUGAGCAAGAGGAGGGAGAAAGAAGAUCCUGGUCCCGCUCAGACACACCCUCUGAAACGAGCAUUAGGUGUCAGCAGAGCGGAGGAUAAGAUGUCGGAGAAUGGACUGACGUCUCAAAACUCAGAGGCUGAAGAUCAAACCAAAAUGCUAAGCAAGACUAAGGCUCUCGAUGGAAGUAUGGACACUAUGAAGCUUUUGCAGGAGGCGGGGAUGGAGGACGUCCCACACGAGUCUGUGGAACAACAUCACAAAGCUGAGGCAAAGUCGGAGAGCCAAAGAAAGGCUGUUAAUGACAAUCUUAGCAGCGCUUGUGUCCUGAAGGAUGUUCCCACUGGAAGUUCAACUGAGGAGAGUGAGGGAAGUUUAGACUCCACAGAGAAACUACUCAGACCCGUUCCUGUCAUUUUAAUGGAGCCAUCCGAUUCAGAGUCCACUUCAGCUCUUUCAGAUCAAAGCAGACCGGUUCUUCAGCCCUCGUCCUCUUCCUCCGAACCAUCCAUGUCACGUCAGCGCAGGCAGAAGAAGAAAGACAAGUCUCUCGACGACCUGAACGGCAAUCACGUUAAAGCCGUUCCUAGACCUCUGCCGCCUCUUCCAGAAGAUGUCCUUUCAGUAAACAAUGAACAGAAAGUGAACUCGGAGAAAAACAGACCUUCUCAUCUCUCAUCCUCUACCAAGAACAGUUCAGAUCAGCAGAAUCGGCCGCUCUCAGCCAGGGAGAGGAGAAGACUGAAGCAGUUACAGGAGAACUCCAAACAACAAGCUGUGUCCGCUGUCAGAAGGGUGCCUUGUGAUGUCUCCUCAUUAGACAGUAAGCAGACGGAGCAGCUAGACUGCCCAAGACCUGCCAGCACAACUUUGGAAACAAGAAAGGAGAGAAAGUGCUCAUGGAGACAGUCCGACGAAGAUGAUUGUAGUUCCUCCACCAGCUCCACUGAACGUUCAGAGGGUGACUACAGAGAGCGAAAAUUUGAGACCAGUGAGAUGCAGGACUUGGUCCAAAUGAUGACACAAACGUUACACAUGGAUGGCAGGGAUGCAUCGUUUCAGCCAGAUGGGUCGAAAUGCCACGCCAGUCCACUUCCUGAGUUCAAACUAAACAGGAAGUACAGGGACACCCUGAUGCUUCAUGGGAAGUCCAGAGACGGGCAGGGAGAUUACCAAAUCAGCGGCUUCACGUUAGACGACAGCACGGGUCCAGCGAAGGUCAGGAAGGUGAUCGAGCACUUGCGCACAGAUGUGGUUAAAGGACUCGGGGUGAAGCUACUGGACAGAGUCCUGGACAUCAUGCAGGAAGAGGAUGAAGAAAAGAGAGAGCACCUACUACAAGAGCUAAUGGGGGAAGAAAAAUACAAGACGUACGCAAUGAAAGUCCAACAACUCAAGUUUUUUGAGGACGUGGCGUUCAAGGACUGAGUCAGAUGUCAAACACUGAGAUGUGCUCUUAAACACUUUACUGAACCGUCUUAUCAAUCACUGUUACCUUUUUUUAUGCUUUUGUAAACGUGUAGUGAUGGAAGUAAGUUGAACACUAGAUAUGCAAAAAAAAAAUGCUGUUAUUAUGCACCUUUAAAUUUCACAGAAGCAUUAUUUUCGGAGGGCACCUUUCUCUAGGAAACGUGAAACUAUGCUUUGUAGAUAGCAGUCUUAUAUUUAUAUUACGAGUACUGUAAAUCAAUAAGGAGCGAUUUAUAAUAAAUGACAUUUUUAAGAA